AUGGGUAAUGGUGUGAAGGAGGCCACGGCACACCUGCCGGAGGAUGCUGAGCCCACCCUGCGUUCAGCCGUCUCCAAAAAGAGAGACCACCACGACGUGUUCAACUCCCUGCUGUCUGGGGCCCUGGCUGGUGCGCUUGCCAAGACAGCGGUAGCCCCCCUGGACCGAACCAAAAUCAUCUUCCAGGUGUCUUCAAAAAGAUUCUCUGCCAAGGAAGCCCUCCGGCUGCUCUACUACACCUACCUCAAUGAGGGCUUCUUCAGCCUGUGGCGUGGGAACUCGGCCACCAUGGUGCGCGUGGUGCCCUACGCCGCCAUCCAGUUCAGCGCCCAUGAGGAGUACAAGCGGGUGCUGGGGCGCUACUAUGGCUUCUGUGGAGAGGACCUGCCUCCCUGGCCCCGGCUGCUCGCAGGCGCGCUGGCUGGAACAACGGCCGCCUCGCUGACCUAUCCAUUGGACCUGGUCCGCGCACGGAUGGCUGUGACCCCAAAGGAGAUGUACAGCAACAUCUUUCAUGUCUUCAUCCGUAUCUCCCGUGAGGAGGGGCUGAAGACCCUGUACCACGGCUUCACACCGACCCUGCUGGGUGUCAUUCCAUACGCAGGGCUGAGCUUCUUCACCUACGAGACACUCAAGAGCCUGCACAGAGAGUACAGCGGCCACCGGCAACCCUACCCCUUGGAGCGCAUGAUCUUCGGGGCCUGCGCCGGUAUCAUUGGACAGUCGGCCUCGUACCCGUUGGAUGUAGUGCGGCGUCGUAUGCAGACGGCAGGCGUCACGGGCUUCCCGCGCACCUCCAUCGUGCGCACAAUGGGCACCAUCGUGCGCAAGGAGGGCGCCGUGCGCGGCCUCUACAAGGGCCUGAGCAUGAACUGGCUCAAGGGUCCCAUCGCCGUGGGUAUCAGCUUCACCACCUUCGACCUCAUGCAGAUCUUGCUGCAUCGCCUGCAGGGCUAG